CGAACCGGCAUUGAACAUGAAGAACAGCCAAUGAAGAAGCAAACACCCGGAAGCUAAUAAACCUCGCCGAAGGAAUGUCAUGUCCUUAUUCUUCAAUUAACAUAACAUUUGUCGUCUGGGUGGCAUUUAAAUUACUACCGGCGCAUUUUACUCAUGUAAACAGACGGAAAAUUAAUACAUGCUGACCUCGCAAGUGUUGACCUCGCGAAGUCAAUAAAUUUGAUGACUGCGUGGGACGAGCAAGAUGGAUCAAGAGCAGCAACUGAGAAACCUGCGGGAUUUCCUUCUGGUGUACAACCGCAUGACGGAGAUCUGCUUCCAACGAUGCACCAGUAACUUCAACUACAGGAACCUCACCAUGGACGAGGAGCGCUGCGUGGACAGCUGCGCAGGGAAGCUGAUUCGCUCCAAUCACCGUCUGAUGGCCACCUACGUGCAGCUAAUGCCUCGCAUGAUGCAGCGACGCAUGGAAGAGAUCGAGAAGAAGGCCGCCGAGAAUGCCAAAGAGGCGGAAGUUGCCACCGCCGGCUCGCUUGCGCCUGAAAUCUCUGAUACCGUCACAUUGACGCCUCCGCAAAUACAGUCACCGCAGCCGGCAACUGAUGAUGUCCGUGUUUCACCAACAGAAACAUGAAUGAUCUACUGACAGAAAACUGGGAGUCGUCGUAUCUGAAAGUCAUGCCUUCUCAAAACUGAGAGUCGUCACAUCUGAAAGUCAUGUCUUCUCAAACGGCUGAACUUUAAACGGAGCCACUUGGAAUCAUGGUGGGCGUGUGCUGAGCUCCAUUUUUAUAAAUGUGAUUGUAUUUGCAACCACGAUAUAUGUUUUAAAAUUUUAUCUAUAAGCUUUUUUUCAGUUGAGUUGUACACAUUAAAAUUUAGAAGUGACUUA